AUCGGAGAUUAGCAACAACAUGUGUGACAUCAUACCAUCUACACCAAACUCCACUCUAAAAUGUCCAAAUAAAGAUUUAAAAACACUGGAAGGUCGUCUUUCAACAUUCACGAACUGGCCAAUACCAAAUAUCCUAACUGCAGCUGAUCUAGCAAAAGCUGGUUUCUACUAUACUGGACAUUUAGACCUGGUAAAAUGCUUUGAUUGCGGAAUAGAAAUUUUUAAAUGGGUGCCAGGGGACAAUCCUAUGAGUGACCACACUAAAUACUGUAAAGCUGAGAAAAAGGUGUGUUCGUUUCUGAAUAAUAAUAAUGACUUGGCGACGGAUGGUGCACGAUUUGGGGAUGAGUGUGGAAAAUAUGAUAUGGGUGAAGAAUCACCUACACCUUUAGGAGUAAUAAAUAAAUCUAAACCAUGUUAUCCAGACUACAUCCACAAUAAUAAAAGAUUAGAAUCUUUUAAAGAUUGGCCUAAAUAUAUGAAACAAACCCCUCAAGAAUUGGCUAACGCCGGCUUUUUUUAUAAAGGCAUCGGAGAUCACACUCAGUGUUUCCAAUGUGGAGUAGGACUUAGGGAUUGGGACGAUAGCGAUGUUGCAUGGGAACAACAUGCUAUGUGGUCUCCAAAGUGUACAUAUCUCCUAAUGGUAAAAGGAGAGGAGUACGUUGAUUAUAUUAAUAAUCCAAAUAAAAACAACGUUGAAUCAGUACAAAAAGAAAGUGAUGCCAAAUCGAAUACAUCAAUAAAUGAGACUUCUGAAAAUAGUACACCACAAAUUUCCACAUUAUGUAAAAUUUGCUUAAGUAAGGAAAUAAAUGUUUUAUUUAUGCCUUGUAAACACUUGGUAGCAUGUAUGGGAUGUGCAUCUUCUGUUGACACAUGUCCUUUAUGCAGUCAAGUUAUCAAAAGCAAAACAAAAACGUAUUUGUUCGUCCUGUCAACACUAACCAAAGAAGAAAUGUCUAGCGUAACUGUAAGUCCAAGAUACGACACCGACGAAACUCAGUCAACAGAAUGGCAGGGACUACGAAGCGUCGAGGGUCGUCUAUUAACGUACAGAACAUGGAAAGGCGCAGUAGAACCGACGGAAUUAGCUGAAGCUGGAUUUUACUACCUCCAAGGUACCGAAAAGGUUCGCUGUGCCUUCUGUAAUGUAACUGCAGAAUAUGCGUGGUUGCCUGAAGACGAUCCGGUGGACCAUCAUUGGAGAUGGAGUCUGGAACAGAGAAAAUAUUGUAUUUUUUUAAGGGAGAAAGUCAGAGAACAAUUGAUUCCCGAAGAUAAAAGAGCAUAUCUGGAAAAGUUUGGUGUGAUCAGAAGAAAGGGACCCGUCCAUUCCAGAUAUGCGGGGCAACAAACGAGAUUUGAAUCAUUCAAACAGUGGCCCAAGGUGUUGAGACAAAUAUCUGAAGAAUUGGCAUCUGCCGGAUUCUUUUACCGUGGUUUUGGAGAUCAGACAUUGUGCUUCUAUUGUGGUGGUGGUCUCAAGGAUUGGGAAAGGAACGAUGAUCCUUGGGAGCAGCAUGCUAAGUGGUUUCCAAAAUGUAGUUAUCUGUUAAUGAGGAAGGGUCCACUGUUUGUGAAAGCGAUACAGGAAAAGAAGGAACCAGAGGUUAAUAGUUUGCCCAGCACUAGUGAUGGUAGUAUUAACGUGGAUGACGAAAAUCCACAUAUUGCUACAGUUAGUGGAAGGAAAUCUCAAUAUUUGUGCAAAAUAUGUUUCGAAGACGAAUUAUUAUUCUCUGUCCCUUCAUCACCAACCGAAGGAGAAAUAAUGUGUGAUACAGCUUUACCCCCAAGCUACCAAAUCUGCGAAACCGAAAUUGAUGGACCCAACAACGGCCUCAAUAUACUGUCACCAAAAUUGAAUGGACUAAGUACUGACGAGGGCCGUUUGGAAACGUACAGAAGUUGGAAAGGAGCAGUGGAUCCAAAGAAGUUAGCUGAAGCUGGUUUUUACUACACUCAAAAUGCUGACAUCGUCAGAUGUCCCUUCUGCUUUGUAGAAGGAUACAAGUGGUUACCUGAAGAUAAUCCAAUGGAUGAUCAUCUGAGAUGGAGCCGGGAACAGAGAAGACAUUGCACUUUCUUGAAUGAGCGGCGUAGUGAACAUGACGAUUCACAGGGUGAAGUAGAAACUCCGGCCGGCCGAGACACUUGCGGAAAAUAUGGUGUAGAAAUUUUACCGUGUUCGAUUCCCGAGGAUAAUAAAGUGAAUCUGGAAAAGUUAGGUGUGAUAAAAGUGAAAGGACCCUCUCAUCCUGAAUAUGUGAUGGAACAGACAAGAUUGGAAUCAUUCAAGCAUUGGCCCAAAUCAUUAAGACAAAAACCUGAAGAUUUGGCAUCUGCUGGAUUCUAUUAUCUUGGAGUUGGAGACCAAACAUUGUGCUUCCAUUGUGGUGGUGGUCUAAAAGACUGGGAAGAAAACGACGACCCUUGGGAGCAACAUGCUAUGUGGUUUCCAAAGUGUAGUUAUUUGUUAAAUAAAAAGAGCAUAGAAUUUGUGAAAAAGUUCCAUGACAAAAAGGAAACAGAGGACAUUACUUUGCCCAGUACCAGUGGUAGUGUUAACGUAGAAACCAAAGUUCCACAAUCUGCUACAGUCAGUGAAAAGAAGUCUGAGGAUAAAGAUCAAACUUUGUGCAAAAUAUGUUUCAAAAACGAAUUAGGUGUUGUUUUUUUGCCUUGCGGACAUAUUGUAGCCUGUGUAGAUUGUGCUUCAGCUUUAAGCACUUGCGCGGUAUGCCGAAAACCCUUGGAAGCAACUGUCAGAGCGUUCCUAUCGUAAACUGUAUUUCUAUACUGCUAGUCAUCUAUAAAAUUGUUCUAUUAGUUAGUAAAAGAGACAAAAAAUAUAUAUUUUUAUACAAAAAAAUGUCUUUUACUACUAUCUUUUUAAGUACAAAUUUUUUAGUUAUUUAUACGCUAAUACGCUUUUUAGUUUAUAACAAUUCUGAAGCGCUUUUAUUUGACUGCAAGAUCAUAUCAAUUACAGUUAUUUAUAAAAGUUCAUUUCGUGUGAAUUAUAAUUUGUUAGGUUCAUCUGACUUCUGUAUUUGUGUAUAUAAAUAUAUUGAUUUAUUAAAUG